AUGACAAGCAAAUUUUUUUCAACUGUUCGUUCCAUCAUGUCCAAAGUCAAGCUAUUUCACAGCCCAAAUCCCGUUCAAAUCCAACUGAAAAAUGCAGGCAAUCGUUCUGUCUCCUUGACAGAAUAUAUUGCUGAAUUCUGUCCUUCGUUGGUUGGACCCAAAGCUGUCUAUAAUCCUACAUCUUAUCUAUUCAACGGUCAUUUACAAACUGGAUAUGCUGCCUACUACACUCAUUCACCCACUGUGAAUGCAGUUCAUUACGAAAGAGAAUUUGUAGAUACGCCUGAUGGUGGAUGUGUUGCGCUCGAUUGGGCACCUACUAAAGAAGGUCUGGAGAACGAUGCCACACCUACAUUGGUUGUGCUUCAUGGAUUGACAGGCGGUAGCCAUGAAUCUUACAUUCGCUGUCUGUUGGAAGUGAUUACUUAUCCACCUUUUAAUUACCGUGCUGUGGUCAUGAACUGCCGUGGAUGCGCUAAUUCAGAGAUCAAGACACCUCAAAUGUACAGUGGAGGCUACACGGAUGAUCUGAGAGUGGUUCUUGCCCAUAUUCAAAAGAGACUCCCACCAAACACACCUUUGGUAGGUAUUGGCUUCUCGUUGGGUUCAAAUAUCUUGGUCAAGUAUCUUGGCGAGGAAGGGGAAAAGACACCACUCAAGGCAGGUGUCUCGGUUGCCAAUCCCUUUGACUUUAGAAUGUCCAUGGAUAAAUUGAACGAAUCCUAUGUGGGAAGAAAGAUCUAUUCAGCUACAAUGGCUAAUAAUCUGAAGAAUGCAUUUGGAAGACAUUUGGAUAUUCUAGCAAAGGGUGGCAAAAUCAAUCCUGAAGAGGUGAUGGCAGCCAAGACGAUGCGAGAAUUUGACGAUGCUUGCACCCGCAAGAUGUUUGAUUACACCACAGUCAACAACUACUACAGAGAUGCCAGCUCAUGCCGAUUCAUUGAACAUGUCAAAGUGCCAUUAUUGUGUUUGAAUGCGUUGGAUGAUCCCAUUGCAGCUGCUGAGUGCAUCCCUUAUGACGAGAUCAAGACCAAUCCCAAUGUUGUUCUUGCCACCACAGAUUACGGUGGGCAUCUUGGCUGGUUUGAGCACAUCAAAUAUCCCACACGAUGGAUGGUCAAGCCACUUACCGAGUUUAUUGUCGCCAUGUUCCAGGCUCAUGAUAUCAGAACAGUGCAAGGCAAGCAGCUCAAUGCAGAGGCCAUUGAUGACAAGAUUGAUGAUAUUCAAAAGCAAGCUUCAUCACCUCAGAUUGCCUAG